AUGGGGUUUCCCUCUCUCUCUCUAACGGCUCUUUUCUCUGAACUCCCAAUAGUUCCGUUUUCCGUCUCCGUCGCCGAGACCUUUCCAGCUCCUUCUGAGCAGCUUUUGGAGCUCUACUAUAGCAGGUACAAAGCCUCCCUAUGUCCCGGCUAUCCCCCUUCUUCUUCUUCUUCUUCUUCUUCUUCUUCUAUGAAAGUGAUUUGGGGAAUAGGAGAAGACAGAAACCUAAAGUCCAAAGAUUCUACUGUUAAGAUAGAGGUCAUUGUUUUGGUAAAGGUAAGGAAAAAAGGGGAGAUACAUGGGAAGCCUCCGGAUGGGAUUGAAAAGCAUGGCAGGGUAACUAGCAGGGGGAAAGUAGAGGUUUGGAGUGUGAAGAUGGUCAAAAUCUUUCUUGAUGAAGAUUCGGCGGUAGAGCCAGAUCUACCUCUGCUGAACCUUGAGCCAAGAGCAGAGGAAGUAGUAAAGGCAAAGUACAAUCUCCUGUCCAGAAGGCUUCAUAAAGAUGAUAAGAAGGAUAUCUACCACCAUACAGAGAAAGUAAUUGCUCUUUUCCUAAGAGGCAGAGUAUUUAUUAAGAAAGAAGAGAGCAAGGGCAAACACACAGAGCAGAAUUCUUCAACCUCAGAGUUCACAUAUUUCUUCCUCCUCUCACCAAAUCUGUCUGUUACCAAGCUUCUCCCUAACCAAAAAAUUAAAGUAACAGAGGGAGUCAAAAGCAAAAUGGAUAUCAACGAAUUGGCAGCGCGAGCAGGAAGACUAAGCACAGAACGCGGCAACCCCUCGUCCUCAGGGGGAAGAGGAGACCGGCCAAAACUGACUACUAAUGCUGGCAGGAGUAUCUCGAUGCUGCUGGGGAAAAUGCUAAUGGAGAAUAAGGUGGCUCUGGCAAAGGCAUCAGGGGCAGCAAGAUAUGCGUGGGGAAAAUACGGAGAAGUCGGAGUUCAGCCCACCCAAGCUCAAAAUCUCUUCAUCUUCACCUUAAAUGAUGCCAUAAUUCGGGAGAAAAUUUGGUAG